AUGCUCGUCUCCAUUUAUGGGGCUGGAUAUGCCACAGAGAAUAGUUAUGUGACUAUUGGGCAAAAAUCUACAAGCAAGCAUCUGUGUGUUGACUCAGAAGUCCUCAGUUCUGCUUCCACCCCGUCCGAUAACCUACGUCAAUGUCCCGAGCCGGACGUCUGGACCCCUGCAAAGCAGACCAGAAGUCGUCAUACCAUGAAAAGCGUAAAAGCUAAGAAAAUGUUUGGCUGGGGAGAUUUCCAGUGCACCGUGAAGACGGCGAGUCUGAAUCUGCUCAUCAAAGGGAAGAUCGUGGAUCACGGGAACGGGACGUUCAGUGUUUACUUCCAAUACAACACGACCGGCGGAGGAAACGUCUCUGUUGGACUGGUUCCUCCAACCAAAGAGGUGGAAUUCAAUCUAACCACGCAACAAUCUGUUCUGCGCUCGGUGGAAUCCAGAAUGUUUAACUGUAAAGUGGAACAUGAGAGGAUGGAGAAAAGUCAAAGGAGCACGCGAUGCUGGUUCGACCCAUCGCAGAGCUGCGAUCAGGACCAGACACACAGUCACGUGUCAUGGCUCUGCUCCAAACCGUUUAAAGUCAUCUGCGUCUAUAUUUACUUCUACAGCCUGGACUACAAACUGGUGCAGAAAGUCUGUCCGGACUACAACUACCACAGUGAAUCUCCAUACUUCCCAACUGGAUGAGCUUCAUCUCGUCAUGAAACAAAAAUGUUACUUGGCAUGUUUUCAUGCUGAACUGGAGAAUGUUGUCUUCGUUUACCGGUCUUCAUGUCAUGAGAUCCACGUUUGUGUCUUACAUUGUGUUUCAAUUCAUGUUAGUGUUUUGUGAUGCAAUUUGUCUGCAACAAACCAGAAGACGGAUUUGUAAACCACGAGUGCUACACAAAUGAACUUCAUUCAUGAGAGUGUAAGGAUAUAUACUUCAUUUUAGAUUAUAUGAUACUAUUAUAUAUCAACUCUUGUGUUAUGUGAUUUGUUGCUGC